AACGUUUCUACAGCUCAGCUAAUGAUGUUGUAAUUAAAGUACCAUCAAUGGGUGAUUCAAUUUCAGAAGGUACUAUUGUAUCAUGGACCAAAAAUGUUGGUGAUCAAGUUAGAGUAGAUGAAGUUGUUUGUGCAAUCGAAACUGAUAAAGUUACAAUUGAUAUCAAUGCUCCAGUUUCAGGUACAAUCAUGGAAUUAUUUGCCAAAGAAGGUGAAACUGUUAUGGUUGGUAAUGAUUUAUAUAAAAUUGCUAAAGGUGAAGUUGCUGCCCCAGCUCCAAAAGCUGCUGAAGCUCCAAAACCAGCUGCCGAAGCUCCAAAAGAAGCACCAAAAGCUGCUGCCCCAGCUCCAAAACCAGCUGAAGCUCCAAAAGCUGCUCCAGCUCCAAAAUCAACUCCAGCCCCAAGCACUGAAGCCAGUGAAACUCGUGUUAAAAUGACCCGUAUUCGUUCAAGAACCGCUCAAAGAUUAAAAGACUCACAAAAUACUGCUGCUAUGUUAACCACUUUCAAUGAACUCGACAUGAGUGCUCUCAUGGGUAUGAGAAAACAAUACAAAGACGAAUUCGAAAAGAAACACGGUGUCAAAUUUGGUUUCAUGAGUGCUUUUGUCAAAGCUUCAAGCAUUGCCCUCAAAGAACAACCAAUCGUUAACGCUUCAGUCGAAGGUGACGAAAUCGUUUACCACAAUAACGUCCACAUCAAUGUUGCCGUCUCUGCCCCAAGAGGUUUAGUUGUCCCAGUCAUUCGUAAUUGCGACAAACUCUCAUUUGCUGAUAUCGAAAAAGAACUUGGCCGUCUUUCAGGUCUUGCUCGUAACGAUGGUUUAGCCAUUGAAGAUAGUGUUGGUGGUACAUUCACCAUUUCAAAUGGUGGAGUUUUCGGUUCAAUGUUUGGUACUCCAAUCAUCAAUCCACCACAAUCAGCCAUUCUCGGUAUGCACGCUAUUAAAGAUAGACCAUACGUUGUCAAUGGUCAAGUUGUUGUCAGACCAAUUAUGUAUUUAGCUCUUACUUAUGAUCACAGAAUUAUCGAUGGUAGAGAAGCCGUCACUUUCUUAAAGAAGAUUAAAGAUGUUCUCGAAAACCCAGAAAGAAUUUUAUUAGAAUUAUAAAUAUAGAUAAAUAAAUAAAUAACAUAAAAAAAAUAAAUAAAUAACACACCUUAUAUAC